CCCGCCCCCAGCUCCAUCUCGGCCGCUCGACGACGACGACGACGACAGCGACAGCUCUCACAAGGCACACCCUUCUCAGCGCACCUCCGCACUCACCGCGCCCCACCGCGCUGUGUCGCGCUCACGCCACCGAUCCGUGCCGCGCACCCUCCACCUCACCCCUCUCGCACCUCUCCGACCGCGCGCCGCACCAUGAGCUCCGACUCGGGCAGCGGCUUCUGGCAAGAGGCCUCCUCCGAUGCCGGCUCGCCCAGCGACAGCGACUCGAGCGAGCGCCGCGCACACAACGUCGCCCUCGAGGCCAUGGCCGCGGAGCUCGACGCCCUCGAGCGCGAAGUGGAGGGCAGCGACGACGACGAGUCGGAGAGCGGGAGCGAGUAUCUGCCUGCUGAUGGCGACGAGGACGGGCCGCUCGUCGUCGAUCCGCUCGGAUUGAUGGACGCAGACGACGACGAGCUCUCGUCAUCAGAGGAGGAGGACGAGGACGAGGACGAGGACGAGGACAGCGACGAGAUCUUCCUCGACGGUGAUGAGGAGAUGAUUGAGGAUGACGGCGAAGGUGCUGGCGAUGCCGAGCAGGAGGCGGGCGAGACGCACACAAUCACACUGGACGAGCUGCUCUCUGUGCUCCACACACGACGAACAGGCGGCACGGUCGACGAGAGCGGGCCAAAUGGCCGUGCACGUGCGCACCUGGCUUCACUCGGCGCCAACGGCCUGCUGCGGCUGCUCACGACAGCCAUGCGCGGCGGCCGCUACCAAGAGGAGGAGGAGGAUGAGGACGACGAUGACGAUUAUGGCUAUGGCGGCAGCAGCUCGCGCUCUCCUCUCGAGGGCUUCUGGGACCCAUGCCUCAAGCCGAUCCAGGCAGGACAGGAGCUGCGUCGCGGGGGUGACUUUGGACGGCCAGACGAGCUGCCGGAGCUGCCAGACGCGCGCUGCAGUGCCUUUGAGCGCUCCAAGAAUGCCGCCACCCGCAUCAUGGACCGCGCCAGCCGGCAGCGCGUCGUGUCCAAGGCAGAGUUCAAGCGCUACGUGCCCAAUACCAACGGCACCGAGGUGGCGCGCUACCCCGCCCGCGUCUACUGCGGCCAGUACAGCGACGACUCGUCGUUCUUCUACACGUGCGACCAAGACUUCAAGGUGCACAUCUACGACACGACCGUGACGCCGCACCGGCACGCCAAGAUGCACACGCAGGGCGGCGGCGGGCGCAUGCGUUUCCGCAACAGCGAGGAGACGCACGAGACGAGCCUCAAGGUCAUCAAGACGAUCAAUGGGCGGCAGGGACAGUGGACUAUUACCGACGCGCAUCUCUCGCCCGACAAUCAGUGGAUGAUCUACAGCUCGAUCACGCCCUACGUCUAUCUCGUGCCGACGCGCACAGACGCCGACGGCGGCGCCAACGACCGGCAGGUGCUGCUAGACUUCAGCGGCGGCUCUGACGACAGUGGGGUGAGGUACCAUUCGCGUCAGGCGAUCUGGAGCAUCCGCUUCAGCGGCGACUCGCGCGAGAUUGUCGCCGGUGCCAAUCAGGGCACUAUCAGCGUGUUCGACGUCGAGGCACGCAAGCGGGUGCUGCGCAUUCAGGGGCACCACGACGACGUGAACGCCGUGGCGUUCGCCGAUGCAGGCAGCAGCAACGUGCUGCUGUCUGGCAGCGACGACAGCUUCGUCAAGGUGUGGGAUCGUCGCUCGCUGUCGGGCGGCAAGCCGGCGGGCGUGCUGCCAGGACACACCGAGGGCGUGACGUACGUCAGUCCAAAGGGCGACGGCCGCUACUGCAUCUCCAACGCCAAGGACCAGAGCGUCAAGCUGUGGGACCUGCGCAGCCUCGUCAGCAGCUCGGACUUUGAGCGCGACCCGACGAACCGCAUGGACGUGGGCCUGACCCACUGGGACUACCGCAACGCCACGUACCGCAAGCCGCGCUUCCAGCAGCGGCCCAACGACUGCUCCGUCAUGACGUACCGCGGGCACGCCGUGCUGCAGACCCUCAUCCGCUGCCACUUCAGCCCUGCGGCCACGACGGGCCAGCAGUACAUCUACUCCGGCAGUGCCGACGGACGCAUCCACAUCUGGUCGCUCGAUGGCCGCGUCGUGCAGAUCCUGGACCGCAACAAGACGACGCCGAUGUACGAGCCUGGCUCGAGCGCUGCCGGCGGCAACGGCCCGCUGGCGGCGGACCCGUCGGCGCCCGUGAACUCUGUUCGCGAGGAAGCUAGCGCCGGCCAGCGCUCGGCGCAGGGCCGCCGCUACAUGGGCUACGGCCGUGGCCCGGCGGGCUCGACGGUGCGCGACGUCAGCUGGCACUCGAGCGAGCCGAGUCUGAUGUCAACGAGCUGGGAGCCGACCGGCGGCAGCAUCGCCAAGCACGAGUGGAAGGCGUGGGGCGUCAACGGCCUCAACUUCGAGGACGCCCUCGAGGCCACGCGUCUCGCUGCGUCGGCGAGAUGAGGUCCGCCAUUCUCCUCCGUCCGCUGAUUCAUUUCUUAUCACCUGGCCCACGGAUUGCUUCUCUCCCCAUUCUGUACCACUACCCUCCACUUGUACACUCCCUCAUCACCGCGCAAUGCCACUGACCCCUCACGACUCGGC